GGAAAAGUGUUCACGCGUGCUUUGUUUUAUUUAUUUUUUAAGAACGAAAAUAUAUUAAUUUUAUUGAAAUUAUUUAAUGAAAACUAAAAAAAAUAAUAACAAAAUGCCAGCCGUCAAAGCAGAACCCAAAAUAGAAGAUAAAUUACAACAAAUAAAUCAAUCUCUAUUGAAAUUGACUGCCGAACCGGACAAGUUUCUCAUAGCACAGCCCGAAAAAUGUAAAAAUAUUGAGGAAAUGUUGCUGGAGAUGUAUGGUGCAACCAUAGAAAGUGAUCAUGAUAAUAAGGGUAAUCCAGAAAUUUUGCCCGAACUGGUGGUGGAAGAAAUGGAUAUAGAACAGAUAUGGCAGCAAUUGGAAUUGCGUAAUAAUUUCGUCUUAGGUGGACUGAUAAAAAGAACUGCCAAAUUGUUGGCUUUAAGAGAACAGAAAUUGGAAGUGCAUUUGAAAGAGGAUGAAGACGAGGCUGAUGAUAUGCAAUUGGGUGAAGAAGAGGAAGACGAGGAUGAUCAUGAAUUGCAAGAUUUAGCAGAAGAGGACGAAGAAAAAAAUGAAAAUGACAACAAUGAUGAAGACGAAGAAGAUGCUGAUUUAUUUAAAGAAAAAUCAAAACUUAAAAAAAAAUCCAUACGUAAAUCAGUAGUUGAUGACAAAUUCUUCAAGUUAGAUGAAAUGGAAGCCUUCUUAGAAGCCGAGGAAGCCAAAGAAGAUAGAAAAUACAGAGGCAAAUUAUUGGCCAAGGAUGAUGAUGGUAUUAAUUACUUUGCUGAAGAUUUUGGAGAUGAGGCUGAAAUUGACUCCGAGGAUGAAGAUUCAAAUCCAGCUUAUAAAGACUUCUUUGAUGAAGAAGAUUUAGAAGAAGAGGAGAAACCAAAAAACAAAGAUAAAAAUAAGAAAAAACAGAAAGAUCAUUUUGCUGCCAAUGCGCAAGAGGAGGAAGAUGAAGAUGAUGAAGACCUAAAUGAGGAACAAGAAGAUGAAGAUAUGGAAAAUGAAGAUGAAAAUAUGGAACAAGCCUCUGAAGAAGAAGGUGAACAAGAUGAAAAAGUGCCUUUAGGUUCCGGAGAAUAUUCCGAAGAUUCGGAAGACAGUGAAAAACCAGAUGAACCUAAAUCCUCUUUUGAGUUAAGACAAGAUCGUUUAGAUCAACGUAUACGUGAUUAUGAAUCGGAGGUAUUGGGCGAAAAACCUUGGCAACUUAAGGGUGAAGUACAGGCUACAUCACGUCCACAAAAUUCUUUACUCGAAGAAGUACUAGAAUUUGAAUCUACUGUACGGCCAGCACCCAUUAUUACCGAAGAAACUACCCGCUGCCUGGAAGACAUCAUUAGACAACGUAUUAAAGAUCAAGCCUGGGAUGAUGUGGUACGUGUUGUAAAACCAUUAAACACACCUCAAGAUUAUCGCAAAAAACUGGUAUUGGAUCAGGAAAAAUCCAAAGAAUCUUUGGCCCACAUCUAUGAAAAAGAGUAUCAACUUGAAAUGGAAAAACUCAAUCCUAAUCGUGACCCUAAUGAUCCCGACGAACCAAAAGAACAUCAAGAAAUACGUAAACAAAUGCGUGACUUAUUCGUUAAACUCGAUGCCCUAUCCAACUUCCACUUUACACCCAAACCAGUUGCACCUGAACCUAGAAUUAUUACAAAUACUCCAGCUGUGGCUAUGGAGGAGGUGGCUCCCGUUGCAGUUAGUGAUGCCAAACUAUUGGCACCUGAGGAAGUAUUUCGUGGUCCGAAAUAUGAACUGGUUGGCAAAUCGGAACGUACUAAAACCGAUAAAAAUCGUGCUUUACGCAAAAAGAAAUCGAAACAAAGGGCCAUUCACACUGCCUUGGAGGCCAAGGAUUUGGACCGCCAGAAGAAGGGCAUACCACUGACAAAGAAGGAAGAAAGUGCCAAGCUAAUGAAAAAGUUGACAAAACAAAGAAAUGUAGAAAAGAUUACAACCAGCAACGAUCAAGGUGCAUUAAAAUCAUCCAAGGCCUUCUUCUCCAAACUGCAGGAUCAAGCAACAACCACCGUGAAGCCAACAAAAAAGAAACAGGAUGCCAAAACUUUAUCAGCGAAAAAAUUAAAAUUAUAGUCAAACUAAGUAAUUGUUUUCAUUUUUUUCUUCUUUUUUUUAAAUUAGCAAAGUCAAGUAAUAAACAUACAUAU